UCAAUCUCGUUUUUUCCUCCAGAGCCUCACCUCACCUCACCUCACCUCAUCGAGUCAUCUCUGCAAAAUCAAAGGCAAACCAAUCUUUUGUCGCUCUCGGGAGAUUCAGAUUAUUCCUAAACUCGAACAAUCAAUUCUGAAAUGGAGCUAACAGAGGAGCAGCUUAAACAAUUCAACGGCUCGGAUCCAUGCAAGCCCAUAUACGUUGCUAUCAAGGGGAAGAUCUAUGACGUCUCCUCCGCCAAGAACUUCUAUGGUCCUGGCGGUUCCUACUGCAUGUUCGCCGGAAAAGAUGCAAGCCGAGCUCUGGCCAAGAUGAGCAAGAACGAAGAAGACGUCUGUGCUUCCCUUGACGGCCUCUCUGAGAAAGAGAUGGGGGUUCUCAACGAUUGGGAGAAGAAGUUCGAAGCUAAGUACUCUGUUGUUGGUCGCGUUGCUUAGAUUUCAUUUUCUUAUCUGUAACGAAUAAGAGUAUAUACAUAAAUAGAUACUUUGACCAAAGUUAUGUUCUGGGUUUCUGUUUGUUUUGUGAAAUGGAUCCUUUAUGUUGUUGCUGAUGGUAAUGAUGUUGUGUGUAGAUUUGGGGGUCUGCAGAAGAAUGUGUAUGUGGAUAAUGGUUAAUUAAAUAAAUGAUGGUUGUGUGGGAAA